AUGGCCGCUCGCCCGUGGAUUACGUUAUUACGCUUGGUAAACUUAUCGACUAUGCUGUCUGUACGCGUGCGUGGCACGCGUCUAGCUAGUCGCGUGACCAGAACUUCCCUCUCACAGACCCAGGUUAGGAACUUCCACUCCAGGAAGGACACAGCUCCAGCUAUCAACAAGACAUGGAGGUCCUUUGCCAUUGCCGGCGCGGUUAGUGCACCGGGCUUCUGGUUGUUGACAUCUACGCGCGACGACGAUGUGCCUCGUCUGGAGGCUCCGCCAACCGGGCACUUGGUGGCCGAGCCCGGUCCUUCGAAAGAGGAAGUGACGCGUAUCAUCUCUCAGGAUGCAUAUUCAUUUCCAGUCAGAAGUGUUACGGGAGUGAACAGGUACGAUGGCACACAACUGGCGUCCAACAGCCUGUGUGAGGACCGGUUCACCCAUGGCAUAUUCCCAUCCCCGUUGAAUGAUGGCACCCAGUGGAUGGCCUGGGCUGUCUUCGACGGACAUGCUGGCUGGCAAACCGCAGAGCUGCUGAAGGAUCAACUCUUGCUAUUUGUGCGACAUAGCUUGAGUAAAGUUAAAUCAGCAUCCACCGGUGAAAAGUCCAUGCCCGACGAGGUGCUCCAGCACGCAAUCGUCAAGGCGUUUCUGGACUUGGAUGAUUCGAUUGUAAAGACAGCCCUGCAAACUGCCCAGAGUAGUGAACCGCUGCAGGAUAAGCUGAAGAAGCUCGCUCCUGCUUACGCUGGUUCGUGCGCUCUACUCUCCAUGUACGAUUCGGUCACGGGCUCGUUGCACGUGGCGUGUACUGGAGAUUCCAGAGCGGUUUUAGGCCAACAAAAGCCAGAUGGCACAUGGGAGGCAAUCCCAUUGUCAGUUGACCAGACUGGUAGCAAUGAAGAUGAGGUUGCGCGGAUUAACCAGGAGCACCCGGGCGAAGAGAACAUAGCGAAGGAUGGGCGGAUAUUAGGGAUGAUGGUCUCACGAGCUUUUGGCGAUAGUCGCUGGAAGUGGUCUUUGGACUUACAGCAGGACCUAAAACAAAGGUUUGGUGGCCCUUCACCCCUGACGCCAAAGUACGACGUUCGCACACCACCAUACCUAACUGCCGAGCCUGUUGUGACAACUACGAAAAUUGACCCGGGUAAGCCUUCGUUUGUCAUCCUUGCGACGGAUGGAAUGUGGGAUACACUCUCCAAUCAGCAGGCUGUAGAUCUAGUUGGUAAAUGGCUGGAUGCACAAAUUCAUGGGCAUCCAAUCAGCCAACCGAAAACAGAAUAUAAACGUGUCGACUUCGGUGACCUUGGGAACGGCGUGGACUGGGAAUUUGAGGAGGGGAGAACGACAAUCCAAGAUGAUAACGCUGCCGUACACCUGGUGCGCAAUUCCCUCGGGGGAAACCAUCACGAGCUCAUAGCAGGCCGUCUCGCUCUCGGCUCUCCAUUCUCCCGCCAUAUACGGGAUGAUGUGACCGUGCAAGUGGCCUUCUUUAAUUGCCCGCAUCUACUACCGAAGUAG